CAAAUUCUCCAACUUUCAUAAAUCAUCACAAACCAUGGAAGUCACUUUGCUCCAUGUCCUGCUCUCUCUUCCGUUCCUCGUCCUUGCCCUCGAUCACUUCUUCUUCCACAAGCUUUUAAGGAACAAGAACCUUCCCCCGAGUCCCCUUUCUCUCCCCAUUAUCGGCCACCUCCACUACCUCAAACACCCUCUCCAUCAAACUCUACACGCCCUCGCCGAGAAGUAUGGCCCCGUGUUCUUCCUGCGGCUUGGCACCCGGCCAACAGUCAUCGUGUCGUCCCUGCAGGUGGCCAAGGAGUGCUUCACCAAGCAUGACAUCGUGCUGGCAAAUCGGGUGAAUACAACCGAUGGCAAGUACUUUGGGUACAACUACACCACGGUCGGGUCAUCAGCCUAUGGCGAGCACUGGAGGAACCUGCGCCGGGUAAGUGCCAUCGAAAUCUUCUCGACUCACCGCCUCGAUGCCCAGAGGGGGAUCCGGAGGGACGAGAUUAGUAGGCUGCUCCAGAAGUUGUUGACCACGGGGAGCUCUCUCCCGGAAUUCACCCAGGUAGAGAUGAAGUCCAAGCUGACCGAGCUGACGUUCAAUAUUAUGAUGAGAAUGUUGGCGGGGAAGCGGUAUUUUGGGGACAACGUAGUCGACGAUGAAGAAGCGAAAGAAUUCAAGUAUAUUAUCAAUGAAUUAUUUAAAUUUAAGAUUGGUGCGAACCUGAGCGAGUUCUUGCCCGUCCUGAGGUGGAUGGAUUACAAGAGGAUUAAUAAGGGGAUGAUCAGGCUCUUUAAGAAGACAGAUGCGUUCUUGCAGGCCUUGAUCGAUGAACACCGACGGAAGAAAAUUGAUGGCUCGGAGAUCAAGAACACUACGAUCGAUCAUCUACUCAGCUUGCAAGAAUCAGAGCCCGGCUACUACACGGAUCAAAUCAUCAAAGGAUUCAUAAUGGUGAUGUUGCUAGCAGGGACAGACACUUCAUCGGUUACAUUGGAAUGGGCACUAUCCUAUUUGGUGAACCACCCGAACAUAUUGGACAAGGCGAGGAUCGAGAUUGAUGUGCAAAUAGGCCAAGAUCGCCUGAUCGAUGAAGCUGAUAUCUCAAAGCUGCCCUACCUCCAGAAUAUCAUCUCCGAGACCCUCCGGCUGAAGCCGGCAGCCCCGUUGUUAGUACCCCACCGAGCGUCUGAGGAUUGCCAGAUUGGAGGGUACCACGUGCCCCGCGACUCGAUGGUCCUAGUCAACGCAUGGGCCAUCCACAGGGACCCUGCGCUGUGGGGGGACCCUGCAGCUUUCAGGCCCGAGAGGUUCGAGGGCACCGGGGCAGAGGUGGGCAAUAGAGAAGCCCAUAAGUUGAUACUGCCGUUCGGGCUCGGGAGGAGGGCCUGCCCUGGUGUGCCUCUGGCUCAGCUCGUGAUGGGACUGACCUUGGGGUCGUUGAUUCAAUGCUUCGAUUGGAAAAGGGUGGGUGUGGAACCGGUCGACCUGACCGAAGGCAGGGGAAGAACCACCAUGCCUAGAGAGGUGCCAUUGGAAGUGAUGUGCAAGGCUCAGCCUGCUAUGCACAAGUUGAUUUCCGAAGAAUCGAAGACUACUGGGGUUGAAUGAGCUCAAGACAUUGGGAUGUUUGAGGAUGAAGGAUUCACGAUUUAUGCAGCAGUUUUUUUGGGGAUGAUGAGUAACUUGAGAAGCACAUAUACUUCAUAGCUAAUUUUCACGGUAUUUGUCUCAAUAAAUAAGUAUACCUCAGUUAAUAGAGCCUACAGAAAGGUUGAUUGAAAAUUUUCCAAGAAUUCGUCGUACCGAUAUAUUGAGAUAAAAGUGAUCAGGAAAAUGUAUGACUUCCAUGGUCUCACUAUCCAGUCCUGGAUAGGAUCAUGAUCACAUGUAUUGAGGCUUUUAAAACCCACUAAGAACAUAUUGUGAUCAUGCUAAACUGAUACA